AUGAUGAAUAAAGAAAUAUAUCCUGAAAAAUCUAAGGACACAUCAAUUCGGACGCCACGUCCGUCUUCGCCACGUAAAUUCUUCGCUCGGAUUUACGGUCAUCUCGACCAGCCAAAGAAUAAGGAUAAGGAACACCCACAGGGAUCUGAUAGCGACUCGUGUUCUGACGUAGAAAUUGGAGAUAAUGAAGGUAGAGAGAGUUUACCAGCAUCGCCGUUGUGGCCGCCGCCACCUCUACCAGUCUGCCCUCGGCCAAUUCUGUUACCUCAUCAGCAAUUGGCAUUCGGCGCUGGUCUCGCAGCAUUUUUGGCACGCAGAAGACGCAAGGAGAGUCGGCCUAGACGGCAACGCACAACCUUUUCUGCUCAUCAAACAUUAAGACUUGAACUCGAAUACGCGAGAGGGGAAUAUGUUGCUCGGGCACGAAGAUGUGAACUUGCUUCUGCCUUGUCAUUAAGUGAAACUCAAGUGAAAAUAUGGUUCCAAAACAGGAGGGCUAAAGACAAAAGAAUAGAAAAAGCUCAUUUGGAUCAACAAUACAGACAAUUGGCCGCAGCUUCAGGAUUUUUCCAGCCCAUUUUCAACUCUCCAUAUGGUCCACCGCCGUGUCCUUGCUUGCCAGUACAUUCACCGCCUAAUCUCGAUAAAUAACCUAAAUUUAUUUGUGUAGCAACU